ACUUGUAUUUACUCGUUUUGUCUCAUCUGUACUGAAUUUAAAUUGACGUUGUUUACAAACAUUUUCUUUUGAAUGGAAUAAUGGCGAAUGUUCUAAAUCCAUGUAGGAGUGCUUAUUUGGACAGGAUACUGCGUCUAACGUCGAAAAUGUCUGUACGGAAAAAGCAAAGCAUUUCAACUGCGACAUCUGGAAACGGGAGCAAUUGUACCGGGCCUCCAGUCUUAAUUGAUAAGGAUGAUCGUAUUACCUUGAUUGGUUUAAAUCGGUCACGUAAUCGCAAUUCUAUUGAUGAAGAGACCGCAGGCUGCUUAAGUGGCGCAAUUGCUACAUUUGAAAACGAUAAAACUUCGCCGGUUGCAGUAAUUUAUGGAAUAGGUGGUUCGUUUUGCGCAGGCCAAGAUCUGACUGAGUUAGAAAAGCGAUGCAAAAUUAACGCAGUCAACCAGAAGUAUAAGGGGUUCUGCCUUUAUCAUAAUUUUUUACGCAGGCAUUCAAAAAAGCCAAUUAUUUGUGGCAUUAAUGGCUAUUGCAUAGCUGAUGGGUUGGAAUUGGCGAUGUUUUGUGAUCUUCGUGUUAUGGAAGAUACAGCAGUUUUGGGAUUUUUCGGUCGAUCUAUAGGGCUCAAUAUUGAAUGUGGGGGUAUAGGUAGGCUGCCUGCUUUAAUAGGAUACUCGCGUGCGUUAGAUUUAAUUCUUACGGGUAGGCGAGUUGAUGGUCGAGAGGCUCUAGAUAUAGGGUUAGUUAAUCGUUUAGUAGCCACAGGUACAGCAUUGGGGCAGGCAGUAAAUUUGGCUUUCUCUAUUGCAAAGUUUCCUAUGGAAGCAGUUAACCGAGAUCGUUCCAAUAUGUUUUCAAACUACUAUGAAAGACGUAAAGGCUUUUCCACAGCGAUUGAACACGAGACUGCAUCAUUAAAUUCCAUUAAUUUACUUGAAUUUGAGGAAGGCGUGGAAAGAUACAAAGACGCUCAAAUCAAAGGAUUGAAAACAGAUUUAUGGCAAGUGAAACCGAAAAUGGUACCAGAAUGGGAAAAAGAAGAAAUACUUAAUGAGCAGCGAGGUACAACUAAGUGUAAUUGUUGAUUAAAAGUAAAAAAGUGUAAAAGCUUAAACAGACGGCAGCGUUGAUCUGGAUUAACUCGGACUUGGUACGGAUCAACUGCAGUUAAUUCCCCGAGUUGAUCCGGAUCAACGCUGCCGUCUGGUUAUGCUUUAAGAUAGCAACAGCAAUAUUGUAUUAUUUGGUUUAAAAAUAAGUAUGUAUUUACAUAUCGCUAGCUUAGAGUGAAAAGUUGCUAAGUCUACGUACGGUAGGCUAGAAAAAUUUAAAAUGCAUUGUUUCGAAAGGUAUGUACUUGUUUUAUUCAUUCUCGUUUAUAUUCAAUGCGAGGAAAAUUUGCUAAGUGCAAAAGAAGCAUCGAAAAUCC